AUCCUCCUGCCUCAGCCUCCCGAACGCUAGGAUUUCAGGGGUGGUGGCCCACGCCUGUCGGGGGUGGGACAUCUUUGCUUGCGCCCAGACCAUUCAUCCAAGAGUGUGCAUUCAAGAGCUGAAAGUCUGUUGCCCAAGAUGAUGAAUGCUGACAUGGAUGCAGUGGAUGCUGAGAAUCAGGUGGAACUGGAAGAAAAGACUCGGCUCAUCAAUCAGGUGUUGGAACUCCAGCACACGCUUGAAGAUCUUUCGGCAAGAGUAGAUGCGGUUAAGGAGGAAAACCUGAAGCUCAAAUCGGAAAAUCAAGUUCUUGGACAGUACAUAGAAAACCUCAUGUCUGCUUCCAGUGUUUUCCAGACAACGGACACGAAAAGCAAAAGGAAGUAAAGGCCCCCCUCCCUCUCUUCGGUGGAGUGGCUGCUUUUUUUUUUUUUUUUCCUUAAAGCUUGGAUAUGAUCCAAAAGUUACAGUAUCUUCCUUUGCUUCCUUGAGUAUUUAUAAAGAGAAAUGUCAGAUCUAGGUAAUAUUAACUGCUUAACAGGAAACAUCCUUGAGUUAACGUUCUAUGUAUUACGUUAGUCUAUGAAAAUGUGCAAAUGUAGAGACUUUAUAAUUAGAAUUGCAGAUAUUUAUGAAGAAACUUGAAGAUGAAUGUUUUGCCAAUUUGCUUAUAUAUAUAUAUAGGUUUAGCACUGUCUUUUAGCAUAUGCCUAACUAGUAAAAUAUACAAGAAAAUAACCAUGUUGUGAAAAAGUGACCAAAAUCAUGUACUGAAUGCACAGCCUCUGUACCUUGUCCACCAUCGUGUGCCUCUCCUCCAUCUGCCUCUUCCUUCCCAUCUCCCUGACAGUAACUUCAGUAGAUGUCACUACCAGAGUAACCGGAACUGUAAUUGUUGAUACUUAACCAAAUAAGACACUUUCUUAGCUAAGGCUUGCCAUUUGUGAUACUUAGUUAUAAGAUAGGAUUGCUGGUUUCUCUUUAAUCAAUUGAAAAUAGGUUGAAGCUAUAAAAAAUGAAGGGUUUUCUUUGAAAUGUAAAUUGUCAUAUUGAGAAGCUAAAACCUCCCUUUUGCACACAAUAGCCCAUUUGGUAUUGAAAAGAUAAAAGUGCCGGUCACAUGUACGUGAGAAAUAGAAAACCUUGAGGAAAGACAGAAAUAGGAAAUUGGACAAACAGAAGUAACCAACUCCACAUGUUUUCCCUCCAGAUGUGUGUUAGCUCUGGCUCACAGCUGCACUUUUGGGACAGUGUGAAAGCGGACUAAUUCUGACAUGAGCGGAUUAAGUAAGCUACAUGUCAGAGAGCCCUGGUAAGAGUUUGGUCUCAAGGUUUGUUUGUACCCAGGACAUGAACUUUUGCAAAAUUAAUUGAGAGUAUAUUAGUAUCAGAAUCAUGAAUAUAAGAGAGUUUUGUAUAUGUGAUAAUUGUUAACCUUAGAAUUUUAACUCAGUUGUUUUCCCAGAAUUUCUGUAAACCCAACACUUUGUUGCAGAAUUUUAGUCAUUUCUUUUUAACAAUUUUAAAAAAAUUAGUUUGUUGCUUCUGUUUGAAAAAGGAAUUGAUAUCAAAUGUUAUAAUAGGAAAGAUCCACUAAUGCAGCUGAAGGCUCUUAGAUUGGGCUGUGUUGACUUGUGGAUCAUCCAAUGUAUCAGUGCCGUUAGCUGUCUGGACAUGUAAUCCUCACAUAUUUUGCAACCCUUUUGUGACUGCUUUACAGGUAUUUAAAAUUGUGUUCAGAGUUCUGCUUUGCUGUUUAAUAAAAAGCUGUUUCAGAGGU